AUGAUUUAAGCUGAUUUAGAUUCAAGUAGAAGAGUGGCAUACUUUUAUAAUAGAUUAAUAGGAAAAUUUCAUUAUGGUAAGGAGCAUCCAAUGAAACCAAAACGUAUAGCAAUGGCUCAUAGCUUAAUAGUAAAUUUUGGGUAGUUGAGAAUAUAUAUAAAGAUAGAUUAUAUAGAUCACUAGAUGUAUAUUUGAUAAGAGAAGCAUAAUUAGAAGAGUUAAAUAAAUUUCAUGAUCCUGAAUUCGUUGCCUAUUUAAGUUAGUAUAUGAGUGAAAAUAAGGUAAAUUUUGUAAAGGAAUAUUGUUCAACAAAUUAUGAUGGUGUAAUACCUGAGAAUUUGUUGGAAGAGUUUAGAUUAAUAACUAGAUGGAGAUAAAGUAAGAGUAGUAAAAAUCUGAAUUCUGAUAUAAAGUAGGAGAUUCAGCAGAUAAUCCUACUUUUUCAGGACUAUUUUCUUAUUGUUAAUUUAGUGCAGGCGCAAGUAUAGAUUGUGCACAUACAAUAUUAACAAGAUAGGCAGAUAUAGCAAUAAAUUGGUCUGGUGGAUUACACCAUGCUAAAAAGAAGGAGGCUGCUGGAUUUUGUUAUAUAAAUGAUAUAGUUUUGUGCAUACUAGAAUAACUAAGAAUAUAUGUUAGAAUAUUGUAUGUAGAUAUUGAUUGUCAUCAUGGAGAUGGAGUAGAAGUAGCAUUUUAUUUAACAAAUAGAGUAAUGACUCUUUCAUUUCAUUAAUAUGGAGAUGAUUUCUUUCCAGGAACAGGAUAAUUAAAUUAAGUAGGAUUAGGAGUAGGAAAAUAUUAUGCCGUUAAUGUACCAUUAAAACCAGGAAUAUCUGAUCAACCUUAUUUAGAAUUAUUUAAAAAAGUAACUAGUAGAGUGAUGGAAACAUUUCGUCCUGAUUGUGUUGUUAUGUAAUGUGGUACUGAUUCAUUAAUCGUUUAGGAGCUUUAAAUUUAUCUAUUAAGUAAAAUUGAAUAUAAAAUUUAAGGGGUCAUGGAUAAUGUAUAACUUACAUGAAAUAAUUUGGAGUUCCAUUAAUUCUAUUA